AUGUUGUGGAUGCUAUGUCAUGGUCUCGCAGCUGUGAAGUUAAUUCGACAUUUGCUUUGUACCUUCCCUUCUUGUGCCUCGAUUGGAGAAGCACUUCUCAUGACCAGUGGUCUUGUUCUCUAUUUUGGCGACUUUUUGGCAUUCACUAUUGCAAAGAAACUGAUACAUGUGGAUCUUGUGUCAAUAAGCUACGGAAUAACGAGAACUGAAACCGGCAUAAUAGUCCAGGGUCUACUGUUAGGCCUUCUACUUUUCCCGAUGGUGUUUAGAUCCAUUCUGCACAUAUACCAAAUCUCUUUGAGAAUGAGAGAUGCUCAACAAAGAAAGAUGGUCUUAUUCUUUGUUACACUUGUAUAUUUCAUGGUCGUGGCUGUUCCUUCAUGGAUGCAGUUUGUACACGAUUUCCACCAACAUCCCUUCUUAUGGGUGCUCACAUUUGUCUUUUCUGAACCGCUGAAGAGACUUUCAUUAUGUGUCUAUUGGCUUCUAUUGAUCGCUGUGUCUGUCUCACGGUUUUAUGACAUCUCAAGGAGUAGCAAGGUUGAGAGAAUCUUGCUCAGGAAGUAUUACCAUCUGAUGGCUGUUUUUAUGUUCUUGCCUGCUGUAGUUUUACAGCCUAAGUUUCUCGAUCUAGCGUUUGGUGUAGCAUUGGCGGUUUUCGUUACAUUAGAGAUCAUUCGAGUAAACCCUCCUCUUUUAUGUCAGUAUGUCACAUAG